AUGACGAACCCCAGCUCGGCCUUUUCCAGCGGCUCCUUGGAAAACUCUUCCCAAGGGAUGAGCCGGGAGCCGGCCGAGACCCCCGAAUUUGGGGGGACCCCCGAGGGCCCCCCCAAAUUCAGGGCGAUCCCGCCGAGCCUGGAGAUCGAGCCGGAGCUGCAGGAGCUGAGGAGGAGGGAGAAGGACGAGAUCAAAGAGCUCAACAACCACUUCGUGACGCUCAUCGAGAAGGUGCAGGCCCUGGAGCGGCAGAACCGGGUGCUGAGCACGCGCUGGCGCUUCCUGAAGGAUCAGGAGAAUUCCCACUCGGAGCCGGAGGCGCGGGAAGUCUACGAGGAAUUCAUGGCCAGGAUGGGCCAGGAGAGGAAGGCCCUGAGCUCCCAGCAGGAAAACCUGGAGAGGGAGCUGGAAAAGGUCCUGGAAUCCAUGGACACCUUCCGGAGCAAGUGGUGCCUGUUCCUGGAGCAGCACAUCCAGCAGGCGGCCGAGCAGGGGGACUCAGCCCUGAGGGACGCCCGGGCCAAGCUGGGGGGGCUGCAGGAGGCCCUGCAGGGCUCCAAGGAGCGCCUGGCCCAGCUGGUCAAGGAGCACCAGGAGCUGAUGGACCUCAAGCUGGCCCUGGACCUGGAGAUCCUGGCCUACAGGAAGCUGGUGGAGGGCGAGGAGAGCAGGGACCAUCCCAUCCCCGCCGUCAUCAGCGCCGUCCACUCCCGGCCCCGACCCU